UCACUCCUCUUCCAGCUUUGGGUCCAGAUCCAAUGUUAUUUGCAUAGAGUCUCUUCAUUCUUAACUUGUGUGUGUCUGUGUCGUGGCAUCAGAAUACAAGCAAUCUGCAUCUUUUUGGUCAGGAUCGGUUUUCAACCCCUCUCAAGUGGAUUGCCACAAAGGCGUCAUAUCCUCUUUCUCCUCUAGAACCUUUUCCUUUUCCUCUUUUGCAUCUUCACCAUUCGGCACUCUAGAAUCUCCACGAUUAUCAGAUCAUAAACAUAAUGAGCCCUUGUGCAUGUCAGCCUGAGUAUGUGUGUGUAGGGUGAACUGAUUUCAGUAUAGACAGAGAAUCUCGAUCUGUGUGCAGCGUUUGCAUUAUUCAAAGCUGUAAAAACUUGUGCGACAUCUUUCUGCGUUGUCGUGUGUCUGUGAACCUUGCACUGCCCAGGGAUCCAAUGACUCUUGUUAAGGUGUCACCUCCUGUAGAGGUCUCGUCUCCUGAAGUGGCCACAGAGAUGCCUUGGUGUUCUCAUCGGAGGAAAAGCCUGAUCGUUACCAAACUUGUUAACUAUUCAUGCUGGACACAGGUGCCAAAUGGGGCUCUGUGUGUCCACCACUCCACCUCUUCUACUGGGGGAGGACAGAAGGUGUCGAUGCUGGAAGAGGAAAUUCAAAACUAGACCGAGGACAGGACAUUUGACUUUAGUUUGGGACUGUAGAAACUGCUGCAGCAUAACAGAUCCACAGGAGAAGUUCAUACAAAUUAAGAAAUAGUGUGUAAAUUUGUUUUUGGAAAAGUAGACAAAUGAGAGAACAACUGUGAAGAGGACGUUUGUGGAUUAGUCACCAUGGACCCACCGAUCUUCCCCGUGAACAAAUUGGAUUUGGACGUGGACCUUGGCUUUGCCCUCUUCUUCUUCUUCCUCCUCUGUUUCUUCUUGGUGGUGACCAUGGUCCGCUGUUGUCAGAUGGUGCUGGACCCUUACAGCGCUGUGUCUGUCUCUACGUAUCAGGAGGAGCAGAUGGACGACUGAC